GCUGAGGCUGUGAGUUGUAAGUCCUGGGUAAAGACUGUGCAGAAGCGACUAACAAAUUCAAUAAAUAAGAGCAAGAAAGGGAAAGAAGAAUCUCGUUUUGAAAUAUAGUUCGAUCUCAUUCUUCAGUCUGAUGACUGCUGCUCAAGGAGGUCUGCUUCUAGCUUAUCGUAGGGCAGGGCAAAAACUUUAGAAUUACAAUUCCCAAUCACGGAUAUUUAUUUGUCCAGAAUUUAACGCAGGUGGAAGUUUUGCUCUGUUGCUGAAACAGGAGCAGAAUAGCUGGUCUCAUUAAAAGCACCUCUCUCUUUCUCACAGAAAAACACAAUAAAAAAAUUCCUUCCAGUAGCGCCUUAAGAGACCAACUAAGUUUGUCAUUGGUAUGAGCUUUCGUGUGCAUGCACACUUCUUUAGAUACUAAGGCGCUACUGGAAGGAUUUUUUUAUUUUGUUUCGACUAGGAAGACCAACAUGGCUACCUACCUGUAACUUUAAUCUUUAUGGCAGUCAGCUGAGUUCCCUGUGUUUAUUGUAUGGGAAGUCGAUGGACUCUUCUCUUGCCUUACAAUCUUAUCAGACCUGGGCCUUGAAUGGUGUAAUUAGCAAGCUGUUAUUGGUGAACUGUCAAAGAUUGCUGGAGUGUGGCUUGAUUGUAGAUGUACAAUAUUCCAAAGUAGCUUUUCUAUUUGAUUGGAAAGAAAAUGGACUAUCUUCUGUCUGUUUGUUCCGUUUCUCUUGUCUCAACAGCUAGUGCAUAUCUUGAUGGCAGUAGUACUUUGAUUUUUAUAAUGUAGAUAUUAGAAAGAAAUGUUAAAGACAUAUUUUGUUUUCCCUCUGAUCAAAAUAUACAAAAAUCCAAUUAAAUCCAUUAUUUGUAGAGAAGCCACAAAUUAAGCAGCUGUUAUUUAAAAUGCUUUUCUCCUGUCAAAACCCAGUACAGAUAACUCUAAACUUACAAGUACUUAUACACUUGAAAUCAGAUUGGUAGAACUAACAAUACCUUUGUAAGUUGUUCAUUAUGAUCCAUUUACUAGCAGAGGGCAAAUGAGCCAAUGGAGCAGGCAUCCCCAAACUGCGGCCCUCCAGAUGUUUUGGCCUACAACUCCCAUGAUCCCUAGCUAACAGGACCAGUGGUUGGGGAAGAUGGGAAUUGUAGUCCAAAACAUCUGGAGGGCCGAAGUUUGGGGUUGCCUUCAAUGGAGCAAUAACUUUUAGCAGUGUAUAUUCCCAAGUAUAAACAAGGAAGCUAUAUUUCAACACUUAUCAGUGGUCCAAUAUUAUAACAAUUGCUUUCCAACUAUGUUGAUUCUGGAAAAUCAACAAAAAUGCAAUUGGGAGGGAAAGGUGAAUCUAUUGACAGUGGUGCUCAAUGAAUGAUGAAAUACCAAUAAAUUAAUUCUAUUAAAUUAUAUCCAAUAUUAGUCAUACUUUCAGUAGACAUAUUGAAAUUAAAGGAUUUAAGUCUAUUGAUUUGUGGACAAGCCACACUACAUAUUUCUGAAACCAAUUAAAGCAAUACAAUGUAAGCAUAGGAGAAAUUAAAACAAAAAAUACUCCUAUUAAAUAAUUAGGAGUGCAAUACAAAACUGACCUCAAACAAAUUAUAUCGCCUCACCUCUAAAAGCUUGGUGAAAUAAGUCUUUCACUAUCCUCCUAAAAGAGUAUCCUACUGCGGGGAAAUACAACUUAAUGGAGAGAUAGUUCCAAAGUUUUGGAGCUGCCACUGAAAAAGCCUUAUUAUGAGCUCUGCUAACCUUGCCCCUUAUAUAGGAACCACCAGGAGGGCCUCAUUGGCAGGUCUUAAAGACUAGACAGGUUGGCAUGGGAGAAGGUAUUCUUUCAUAUAUUUACUUGAUAUUCCUGCUUUGCAGGGGGUUGGGGUCCUUUCCAACUCUGAUUCCAUGAAAUAUUUGUUUCCCGGGCUGUUUGGGGCUUUAAGUGUUAGCAUAAGCACCUAAAAUUGGGCUCAAGAAACAAUUAGCAACCUAUGAGGAUGAUAUGUGAGUACACUCCUGUUCCUAUAACCACAUGGGCCACCCAAGCUAGACAGAUACAGCUUGGUAGUCUCUGUGUGGGUGAGAUGAUGGCGUCAGGAGGAGGAGGUGGCGACUGGAUUUGUUAGGCACCAGGGAACAUUAUAGGACAUUAUAGCUGAGCAUGUAUAAAAGGGAUGGGCCACACUGAACCAGGGUUGGACCAGACUGUUGGUAGUUGAACACCAAAAAGCAGCUUUUAAACUGACUGCUUUCCAGUUCACAGUUCAUGGACAGGUUUGCCAGGAUAUUUUUGUGGAAACUUUAAAAUAGCUGUCUGCCUCAUGGGAAUGACUUGCAGAAGUACUUUGAUAAAUAUAUCAUUUUUAUAUGGAAAAUGGAUCUCAUAGUGGCAUGAUGUGUUGGCUCUAUUCAAGUUUCCCAGUAUGGUUCAACAACUAUACAACAUCAAAUACCUACAUAAAUCUAUGUGCAUAAUUUUUUCACUAGCGUAUUUUUCAUUUAAUUGCAAGAGGCAUUAUAGCUUUCACCAAUGAAUUGUUGAUACAGGAAUUUAUUCUUAAACUAUUUGCUAUGCUGAAUUGGCUUCAGUGCCACGCUUGAGAGUUUUGCCAAUGACCUGAACAGUGAGUCAAAACUGAGACGUGAGUAAUGAGUAGGAGAACACUUCAAUCUCCCAGGACAUUCUAUGCAAGAUCUCAAAGCAGCUGUUUUAUUACAGAAAAAUUUCAGGAACAGACUGGAAAGAGAAGUUGCUGAAUUGCAACUCAUUAGCAAGCAUAAAACCAUGGAGCCACCUGGAAUGAACAAAGACAUAGGAUUCCUAUCUCAUUAUACAUGAUCAAGCUUUCCUUAGCACCUCAGCCCUUGCUCCCCCCCCCACAAGACCAAUUGCAGUCAUUAAGUCGUUAACAGUCAUCAACAGGUUUACCACUCCUAUCAGCCCAUCACCCAUUCCCAUCACCCCCACCCUCUGAAUAUACAUAAGGGUCUGGUGGUGUAUCUGACGAAGUGUGCAUGCACACGAAAGCUCAUACCAAAAUAAAAACUUAGUUGGUCUUUAAGGUGCUACUGAAGGAUUUUUUUUAAUUUUUUUAUUUAGUUUCAACUCAGACCAACACGGCUACCUACCUCUAACUAUGAGUAAUGGAGUUAGUUCUUAAGUAGUGUACUGUAAGAUCUGAUCUGUCAUUAACAGUCACUUGUAUCUUGGCAAAAUAAAAAAAUUCCUUCAGUAGCAAAAAUUUUUUAUUUUGCUUCGACUCAGACCAACACGGCUACCUACCUGUAACUUGUACUGUAUCUUGGCAGUUGAGGGGAUACUGUGGUUAUAAAUUGUGUUGUGUAGAAUGUAUGGAAUGAAAACUCUUUGAAGUGGGAAUCUCAGAGUAGUUCCACUUCUCACACACUCUUGGAAGCAGAUUCCCAUAUUCAAUGUGAUGUUCUUCUAUGUGAGUUUGGGUUUGUUUGCUCUUUUUUAAGGGAAAAAGCAAGCAUAAAUGAUUUUAGGUGGAAAAACCAAGUUUUUCUCAAUCAGUUUAGUCUAGAAUAGUGUAUUAAAGCAUUUUCACGCUGAUUUCUUUAUUAGCCAUGAGAUGGGCAAAGUUUUCUUUUGGUUUUACUAGGAGGAGAAUUGCUGGAAGCUUUCCUCCUUCCCCCUUAAAAAGCCUUCCUAUGUCAAUGUUAAUCAAUGUACAUUGUUCAUAGUCAUAAUACAAUGGUAUUUACUUUCUAAGGGCCGGUAAUAAAAGGACGAGAGAGCUUUUGUUGAUGAAAAGUCUAUAUACAUCAGAUGCACAGUUACUACUUAUUCAUCCUGUCCACACAUGGCAACUUUUAUCUCUCCUGAUUCUUAAUCGACUAAUAAACCAUUUGGUCUGCAAUCCUAUACUCAUUUACCUGGGAGUAAGCCCUAUUGAACUCAGCGGAACUAACUUCUGAGUAUAGGAUUGCACGGUCAGGCUUUUGAGGUGCCUUAGAAGUGCAGCUUGUUAGCCCGGCUUCCCUUCUGAAUUCCGUCUCGGAGCUGGAAUUUGCCCUCGUUUCCUGGAGAAGGGGCGCAAACCCCCCCCCUCUCUCUCCGCGCGUUUGCGUGGACAGGGAGUUCUGCCCUGGCUGGAGAGCGCAGAGCGCGUUUCUUGUAGGUCAGCGCCCGCGUCGUUCCUACUUUUCUCGGCGGGGAGUGCAGUGACUGUAGGGACCGGGCUUCCCCUCCCCUCCGGUGGGAGUGGCUCAGCAAAGGGAUCGGGGCGGAGGGAGGAGGCUGAGGUUGUUGCUGAGCUGGGCUGUGAUGGUGAUGACGAAGUGAAAAUGGCGGAUCUUUCGAAAUACUAUCCCGGCCCCUGACAUACCAGCGACAGCACCUAAACAGCCUUGAGAGGCUCCCCCCAUCUCCUCUGCUCGCUGCUGCCAGAAACCUUCCUCUCCUCGUCUUUUCGUCCCAACUCCCGGGUAGCUGCUUUGCAGCUAUUCAGACACUUCUGGGGGAAGCUCCCUCCUCCCCUCGGGCUGGAACUUAACCCUCCUGGAAGGAGUCGGUGGCUGCGCCCUGGAGAGGGGUGAGAGACGCACCAAGCAAGGCCUGGGCAGGAGAUUGGGGGGAUAAGUGGAGUCUGCGACGCUGGCCCUAACAGAUGGUGCUACACUAUAAUGCUUCUGGAGGUCGUCUGAUGUGGAACAAGAUUUAAAAGAAAUUGAGUGCCUCGCCUUCGGCCUGUCACCCGCAUUUGCAAUAUGGAGGUGGUGUCAGCGGAAGUGAACAGCUUGCUACCUGAAGAGAUCAUGGACACAGGUUCAACGCUGGAGGAAGAUGAGAACAUAGAGGCUGUAAUUGUGGGUGACACUAUGGAGAUGGAACUCGAAGGAAUGGCAAACGUAAGCUCAGGCAGGGAUUCUGUUACUUCUGGCACGUCUUCCAUCACCACAGAGACCGUCAUGGUGUCCAGCAAUUGCGUAAGCCACGUCAUAGCCAAUGCUGCCACUACAAAAGCCAGUACUAGUGUGACUGCGCAACCUUCCUUUCAGAGUGGCCUCCAGAAACUUGGUACUCAGACUCCUGUCACUAUAUCGGCCAACCAGAUAAUUCUAAACAAGGCAACUGACUUGAAAAUUGGCAACCAGACUAUAAAACCCGAAGGGCAAAAGCUCAUUGUAACAACACUGGGGAAACCUGGACAGCCCAUUGUCCUAACAUUACCCCACAACCAGCUGUCUCAGUCGCAGAAGGCCACAUCGCAGGUGCAAGCAGGCGACUCCAAGCUGCCAGCGCAGCAGUUCAAGGUGGUAACUAUUGGAGGAAGGUCAGAGGUGAAACCUGUCAUUGGAGUUUCAGCCUUGACUCCAGGGAGCCAGUUGGUAAAUGCUACCACCCAAUCCUCUGUAUUGCAGACCCAGCAAUUAAAAGCAGUACAGAUUGCUAAGAAAGCCAGGACACCCACCUCAGCCCCAGUGAUAACUAAGCUGAUCUUCACAAAACCAAUCAACAGCAAAGCUGUUACAGGACAGACAACACAAGUGUCACCGGUCAUUGCAGGUAGAGUUCUGUCGCAGGCCACUCCAGGGACACCUCCAAAGACGAUGACUAUCUCAGAAAGCGGUGUCAUUGGGACUUCUUUAAGUUCUGCUAUACAGCAGACACCAAAUAAGAUAGCCAUUUCUCCCUUGAAGUCCCCCAACAAGCUAACAGUGGUGUCUAUCGCCUCGCAGCCUCCAAGCUCACCCCAGAAAGCAGUUGGUGUUCCUCUAAACGUAGCCCUGGGACAGCAGAUUCUCACGGUGCAGCAUUCAACACCAUCUUCCCCAGGAAAGGCUGUAGCUAACAAUACAACUCAGGCUGUGAAAUCUGCAGUACAGACCCUUACUAUGGGGGGAGUGAGCACAUCUCAGUUUAAGACUAUCAUUCCCUUGGCAACAGCGCCCAAUGUUCAACAAAUUCAGGUACCUGGAAGCAAAUUCCAUUAUGUCCGGCUUGUAACUGCCACAACAGCCAACAGCUCAGCACAGCCAGCCACUCAGAAUCCCAGCAUCAGCACAGCAUCUCUUCAGCAAGCUAAGCCAAUGGUGGUGAAUGCAACCCCCGUGAGGAUGUCUGUCCCAAUUGUUCCAGCCACGCAGGCGGUCAAACAAGUGGCGCCCAAACCAAUUAGCACAACUUCGCAGAUAGUUACUACAAGCCAGCCACAGCAGAGGCUAAUAAUGCCUGCCACACCACUGCCACAGAUCCAGCCAAACCUCACCAACCUUCCCCCGGGCACAGUGCUGGCUCCAGCCCCUGGUGCAGGGAAUGUCGGCUAUGCGGUUCUCCCGGCUCAGUAUGUCACACAGCUACAGCAGUCAUCCUACGUAUCAAUAGCAAGCAAUGCCAAUCUUAGUGGGACAUCUAGUAUCCAGACCCAAGCCCGCCUGCCAUUCAAUGGAGUAAUUUCCUCUGAAUCGGCAAAUCGCCCCAGAAAGCCAUGCAACUGUACAAAAUCACUGUGUCUUAAGCUGUACUGCGAUUGCUUUGCCAAUGGCGAGUUCUGCAACAAUUGCAACUGCACAAACUGCUAUAACAAUCUGGACCGUGAAAAUGACAGACAGAAAGCAAUCAAGGCCUGCCUUGACAGAAACCCAGAAGCCUUCAAGCCUAAAAUAGGGAAGGGGAAGGAAGGCGAGUCAGAUAGGCGGCACAGCAAAGGUUGCAACUGCAAGCGGUCUGGAUGUCUCAAAAACUACUGUGAAUGCUACGAGGCAAAGAUCAUGUGUUCUUCAAUUUGCAAAUGUAUCGGCUGCAAGAACUUUGAAGAAAGCCCAGAGCGGAAGACAUUGAUGCACUUGGCUGACGCUGCUGAAGUGCGAGUCCAGCAACAAACUGCCGCAAAGACGAAGUUGUCCUCGCAGAUUUCAGACCUGCUUACAAGGCCAGCCCCGGUGUUGACCAGCGGAGGGGGAAGGUUGCCAUUUACAUUUGUAACGAAGGAAGUUGCCGAAGCGACGUGUGACUGCUUACUUGAGCAGGCCGAGAAGGCUGAGAAGGCAGGAAAGUCGAAAGCAGUAGCAGAACGGAUGAUUCUAGAGGAAUUUGGACGUUGUCUGAUGAGAAUCAUUAAUUCAGCAGGAAAGUCCAAAAGCGACCCUUGUGCCAUGAACUGCUGACUCUUGAAAAUGAGCUGUGGUCUGAACGGGACACUAAAAGGCACAGGGACACUUUUUAGUUCACAUCAGAUGUAGUUUUAGUCCAUUCUUAAUUUGGUGCUGCUUAGUUUUCAUUGGUGUAUGUUAAUAUUGAAGCUUUGUAAUGACGUGUACCUUUUAGCUUAACACUUUAACUUCAUGCAUAUGGCGUGUAUCUUUGUCCUCUCAGCUUUAUGGGACUGCACAGAGUUGAGAUUCUUCCCCUCCCCCCCCCCAAAUUUCUCUCUUAAAAAACGUUUCUUCUGGCAAUUCUUUUUAAAUUAUUAUUAUUAUUUGCAAUGUAUAGUGUUAUAUUUUGUAUGCAGGUGGGUGGGAAGAUAUCCGACAGACAGGCUUUCAGGAACAUCUCUCUGCAAACCCAGUUGAAAUGACAUUUGGCCACCAUCACAACACAGAUUUUGUUGCAAAAGCUAAUAGCAGUACAUCCUUGGAUAAGGCAAUGUUGAAAGGAAGUCAGUUAAGAUAAAUAUUUGCUGGAAAGCAGUAGUUGCCUUGUUAGCCACAGUCCUGGCUUCAGUGGGGAAGUUUAUUGUGCAGAUCUUACUAUUAGUAUAUAUUAAGAAUAACACAUUAUCAGAGCUGGACCCAGAAAUAUCUAACUAUGAUAUACAAAAAAUCAAGGUGAAAAUUUAUAUCAUAGCCUCAAACAGCAUAAAACAACAUUUAUGGUAAGUUUUUUUAAAAAAAAUAAUGUAUCACUGUAAUACAUAUUCCAAAUUUUAAUAAACUGUUUUCAUUCGAUUUCAAAGAGAUUAUCAAUAUGUUGUUUGACAAAUUUUAAUGUAGCUAGGGAUUUUUUAAAACAUUUCUGCUAGGUCCCAAAUGUUAGCCAAGCCCCUCUGAAGGAUUGAAGGCAAAUAUCUCUCUCUGUCUUGAAUCUAGCUAUCCUUAUAAGGCAGUAAUCAAGUUUCCCCGUAACCUCCUGAUAUUUAAAGAGUGUGCUCUUUGAGAUAUGCGACUAUAAUUGCCAAAGGAUCUUCUGGUAGCAUUAAUACCACUUAUAUUCAUUGAUACCUUACAACUCCCCCAGAUCAUUUAAGCUUUGUACCCUUCCAGUGCAUAAAGUUGGGGGGGGGUCAUUUAUUGGGUUAAUGAUGGAAGAUGUAAGCAAUGCUUGAUGAUGCUACGUACCCUCUAAAGAGUACUUUGCAAUGUGCCACACCUUUUAAAUUGAUACAUGGGUGUAAGGGGAGCAUAACUCUUAGUCUAUAUAAAAGGUUACAUCUUUUUGCUCACUGAAUAGCCCCAAACCAUUUUCCCAAUAUCCAGAUACCAGCCAGGAUCCCAAAAGCACACGAGUACUCGUGUACCUCUUGAGUUUUUCAAACAGCAGUUUCCCCUUCCCUCAGACUCCAUAGCAAAUUGUUUCGAAGGGGGAUUUUGAAAAUGAUUUUGCAGUUGGCUUGGGGGGGGGAGGGUGUAAAAAAAUAAUCCCCUUAAGGGCAGCUAAAAUGGCUCUUUGGAUCCCAGCUAGUCAAUGGGAAUACAGGUACUUAAUGGUUCAAGGGUGUCUUCAAAUGACCUACUCGGGGUUUAUUUUAAAUGUGAUCAGUGAGGUGUUGAGGGCAAAACUUCUAAAGAUGUGGUGUUUUAUUGUGUUUUAACAAUGUGGUGGUCACCUGCAGAUUUGAGGAGGCUGCACUCUAUGGCCACGGCACAACACUGGGUUCACUUAAUCCUAUUGAGUUCGACAGAUUUAAAUACACCUGUGUAUUUAAAUUGUGGGUGCAAGUGCAUCAGACAAUGGAGCUUUCCAUUCAGAAAUUUAUCUGUAGUAAACUGCAUCUGCCUUGCCACUAACUGUCAUUUUGUUUUUGUUUUUGUAUGCACCUCAAGUUUUAGCUUGCUUAUUAAAAAGUAUGUUUUAGCAGUGCAGUGGCUGACAUGUCCUAGUAAGACCAAGCUAAACCUCAUAAUUCCUUGGUGGAACAGAACCCCCACUCCCCCCCCCCAUGAAAUAGCAUUAUUUUGGGUGAAGAUGCUUCAAAGCGAAAGCCUUUGUAACAAAUAUUAAAAUGCUAAACACACUUGCAUGGUUUUCUAAUGCAGAUGAUUCAAUCAUUCUAAGUUUCAUGAAUGGAUAUAAAUCUCAUGCUUGAAUUAGCAAGCACUUGCUAUGAUCUUAGUUGCUUUGUAAUACUUCAGUUCUUUACCCCCAAAGGAACAGCAUAGAACUGUACAUAUAUAUUUUGUUUUGUAACUGUGUAUGUAUACACAUAGCAGGCUUGCAUAUACGUACACUCAACCCUGAAAGGGAAGCUGUUGUUCCUUUUACCAGAAUUGUUUUAUGAGUAGAACUCUUGACUUUGAGUCAAAAGUGAGUGUGUUACCUUUUCAGAGUAGAUGGUGAAGCUCACCUUUUUACUAAUUCCAUAAGUGUCCAUACGAUAAGAGAUGUAUAAAUGUAAAUUAGUGUAAGUGGAUAAAAUAAUACUUGAUCAAGUUAUUUUUUUGAACAUGCAUACUUUGAUCUAGAGCUAAAUAUGUGUUUAAUUUUGUACAUACUCUGUGUCUUAUUCUAACUUGCACCUUUUGUGAUGUGUAUUUAUAAGUGUGCAGAAAAACCUUUUGUGAAGUUUGGAUUCCGGUUGUAGAUUAUGUAUGAUGGAAUUGCGUGUAAAAGAUAUGAAGAAGGUGCAAUCAAAGAUGAACUUUUCUGUCUCCCCCCCCCCCUUUAGAACAAGCUCUUUCCUGUAUUUAGCUUGGUUCUUCCCGUCUUCUUACUCCUCCUUUUAUGUUUUUGAACAUGGUUCCCUGCAUGAAACUGCUGAACAAGUUAGUUAAAAUUAACCUCAAGAUACUGGGAGCAAUCUACGAAACACUCGUGCAGUACAACGUCUCCAAAUUAGUGGAGUUUCUCCUGCAUUUCUGGCAUGAUUGGAAAGUGCCCAGCUGGAAUGCUCUUGUAUCAUACCCAUUGUCAGCAGAUUUUGAGAGGGGAGGGUGUUGGGGAUUAAUUUUCUAGUUCUGGUUUACAUCUAAAAUAGAUUGAAAUUUAUAUUUACUAGACCUAUUCAAAGAAUACACUUUUCUAUAUUGUAAAAACAAAUGUCGGAUAAAUCACAAAGAAAAAAAUAAAAAGUUUAUACUAUUCUGUACAAGUGAAUGUUUGCACUUUUUUCUUUGAUAAGAACCUUUACAAAUUCCUCAUUACUACCAGGUUUUAUUAGAAUUAUGAGGACCAAAAUGAGGCAAUUUCUUUGAGAGGAAUUUAUCCAAGCUUAAAAUGCUUUAUUAUCUUAAAUCCUCAAUAUGUUAAAUGCAGAAUUUCUUCUUUCCUCCCCAGCUGUCAUCUUCCCGUACACUUUCCCAUUUUCCCUGUUGAACAGGACGUAGCCUUGGUUUUAUCAUUUGGUUCAUCAUUUGUUCCCCAUAAUUCACUGGCAAGUCAUGUUCCUUCUCGCUUUACAUUGCAAAACCAUGGCAUUUCGCUUGGCCCUCCCAUCAGAUGUCAAAUAGAUAAACAAUUACAUGACUUUCCAUAGACAUCUGAAGGCAGCUCUAGAUCAAGCAGCUUUUAUUGUAUGUUGUUUUGUUGUGUUUUAUAUAUUCUGUUGGAAGCCACCCAGAGUGGCUUGGACAACC